AGUUAGAUUCUUAUAGAUGUCGAUAAGCCUAUCAUCAAUUCCAGUAGACGACCCUUUUGAUGGUUCACAGCAACAGUCAACGCCGAACCCUCACAGUGCUCUCGGGGGCAAGAGUAGUUCUAUGAAGAGCAACUUACAGGCUGGAAUGACUCGUAGUGUGAUUGCUAAUGCUGGGAAAACUGUGUUGAGCGGUGCUCGCGGUGUUGGCAACUACGUCGUCCACAAUCCCAUGCGCAUCAAGAUCUUCUCGUUCGUGGGGUCUCUGGCGGUCUUGGCGAUCUCGAUAGUCUCGUUCCUCAAUGUCUUCAAUAUUGCAUCACCAGCUCUAUAUGUUAUUAAUGUGUAUAUGAUGAUAUUUGCCUUUGUGCUGGCCGUGGCUGAGUCCAACACCUCGUGGCCUGGCGUGAAAAAGUUGCAGAAUAUCAUAUUUGAACAAUUUGGAUUUUUGAAGAACAAUUUGGGUCGUGGAAUAUUCCUGAUUUUCAUGGGAAUGUUGUGGAUUUCCUCAUGGACGUUUUGGUUAGGAUUCGUUGGCCUGUAUCUCUGCUGUGUCGGAGUCGGGUACAUUGUCAUUCACUUCUUACACCAUGCCAGCGAGGAGAGUUCGCAGCAUGUGACCUUCGAUAUGGAGGACUCCCCAACUGUUAGAGUUUGAUAACGACAUUCAACAACAACAGCAGUUCGCAGCGAAAUUCUCGCUCGGUUCAACUCAGCACAA